AAAUCCCGCGCGGUAUAUAAGGCUCCCGAGUCGCCGAAAGAGACAUAAGCUGACUUACUUCCGAGAAGUACCAAGCAAUCCCACAACCAAUCAACAUGUUCAAGCUGGCUGUCUUCGCUGCCAUCCUGGCGGUCGCCUUCGCCUAUCCCGGUGGUCUCACCGGUGUUGCGAUUAGCCACGGCGUCGGCCCGAUCGUCUCCCCGCAGGUCGUUGCCGCCGCCCCGGCGCUGUCCGUUGGCCAUGCCGCAGUGAUCGCCCAGCCCAUCGCUCCCGCCGUCCAUACCCCCGCUAUCGUCACCAGGACCGUCUUGGCCGGACACGGUGGUCUCGCCCUGCAUGGUUAGACUGAGAGAGCCAGCGUAAACUCACCACCACCACCGAGUCACGACGACGCAGCCCUGGAAGCAAAAAAAAAACCACACACACACAUCCCCUACUUCCCUCGUAAAUCGACCUAAUGCGAAGGAAAGACCGUAAUUCAAAGGAAGACAAAAAAUUUUGCACGCAAGUCUCCAAUCGCCGAUUUCGACACUUCACUUAAUCGCCGUUCUCCACGCGUGAACCAUCAGGCCCACCGAGCGGGGGAGAGCGAGAUCUAAAAAAAGGGACGUGCGCGCGGAUCAACCAGGUCUCUCCAGCACUCCGCGCAGGAUCGGUCAAAUCUCCCCAUUUUCCACAUUUGUCUUUUCUUUGUGUACUUCAUCGAACAACAAAUUUCCGGAUUCUCACCUGGAUCAUUCCGCCAUCAUCCUGAACCCUACCCUUGUUCAUAUGGAAUUUUAAUAAAAUUUUAAUUAUAAAUCCAA